AUGGCCGCCACCGAUGGCCAAAUCAUAUUGGCCGCCUCCCGUUUCGGGGAUGCGACGCCCGUCUAUUUGCGCGACUUCUCCAAGCAACCGCUGCCGGCGGUGGCCAAGAUCCUGAAGGGUCAGCAUCAGGCCCUCGGCGUGCCAACGCUAUCGGCGCCAUCGCUGCAGAGCACUGCGCUCUUUUUGAGUGCCGGCAAAAAGUAUCAGAUUCUGGCGCAACCCAUUAAGAUCAAGGAGGGACGCAAGCCCACGAAUGUGGGCGCCAAGGUGCUCAUACCGGAGACCUAUGGCGGCUACUUUGAGCUCCUCAGCGAGGAUGGCCGCUCCACGCGUUGCAUUGACUCUGUCCUGGAGCUGGCACGUCGGCGCAAUGCUCGUGUCCUGGUGCGCGAGACUUUCCGUUGCCAGCAGCUCAAUCGCACCAUUCACGCUGGAGAGCUGCUCACCACGAUGAACGACAAUGGCAAGUACCUGCAGUGCCGCAACAUCAAGGACGAGAUCAUCAAUCUGCCACUCGAUACCAAAGCCAAGUUCUCGCCGAUUGCACGCGAGGACAGCAUCAGCGGAGUGCACACCGUCAAGAAUCUGCUGCUCAAGCGGAUGCCCGUCAUCGUGAGACUUGUGCAUGGCAGCGGACCCAAGGGACUGAAGCAGCCUUUUGUGCCAGAGCUGCGACUGCUGGGCUGCGUGGAAAUCGAUCGGAUCUUUGCGUUGCCGUUGCAGAAGGACACGGAUCUGGUGCCAGUGCCGUUGAACGUGAAAAUCAAGCUGCAGCGGGCCAAGAACAUGGAACAGCUGGAGCAUUUCAUUGAGUACACGCGCUUUUUGGAUAAGGCGCAGCGUCUGCUUGCGGAUGCCCGCGAUCGCCUGCAGAUUGUCGAUCUCAAGCUGAGCGAAAAGGAGAAGAAGGACUCCAAGUUCAGCAGUCGCAACAGCGGCAACAAGCUGCCCAUCGUCAUGCUGCCCUCGGCGGCGGGCGUGGCCAGCGGUCUGGCCGAGAGCGGCUAUGUGCUGCGGAAGAGCGCCAGCUGUGAUUCAUGGUCCAAGCAGCAGCAGCAGGCGCUGAGCAGCAGCGAGUUUGCCGAGGAGUACAAGGAGAUUGAUCACAUCUAUGACUAUGUGCGCGGUCUGACGCCGCUCUCCAAGGGAUUGGCUCGCUUCGAGCCGAUCUGCGAGUCGCCAACACUCAAGUCCCAUCACACGGACAGCAGCGGCAAUGGCAACUAUUGCAGCCUAAUCAGGGGACCGACAACAGCAGCAGCAACACCACACCAGCAGCAGCAGCAGCAGCAACAGACGAGCAACAACAACAACUACAGCAGCCUGGAGUCGAACAAACACAGCAGCAGUAACGGUGGCCAUCAUCAUCAUCAUCAGCAAUACUCGUCACAGUCGCAACAGCAGUCGCUGGUUCAUCACUCGUCGGCAUUGCUGGUCAAUCACUAUCAUCACAGCCAUAUACAGGAGGACAUUAAGCCGGUGCCGCCGCCAAUUGAGACGAUUCCGGGUAAAAAGCCGGCGGAGAAGCGACAGCGUCCCACACUACCAAAGCUUUACAUCAAGAAUGCGAAUGCGCACAGCGCCGGCAGCAGCAGCAAUGGCAACUCAACCGGCGGCACCAGUCACAGUCACAGUCACAGCCAUAGUCACAGCCACAGUCAUAGCCAUUCGCAGCAGCAGCAGCAACAGUUACCGCCAACGCCGGGCAGCAACAACAGCAACAGCAACAAUAAUAAUAAUAACAACAACAACAACAGCAGCAGCAACACGGCAGCAAUUGUUGCCAGUGCAGCGGCAGCAGCGCACCACGCCCACGCGCACGCCCAUGCCCAUCAUCCCCAUGGACAUGCACAUGCAUCGCAUCAGCAUCAACACCCACAUCCACAUCCCCAUCCGCAUCCGCAUCCACAUCACCACAGCAAGGUGCUGACGCCCAACAAUCAUUUGCCAGUCAAGGAAUCCCUCGAGCCGCAGUCGCCGCUCUUUCAUAUCAGAUACAAGAGUCUCAGCAGUCUGCAGCUGACACCGGACAGCAACAACACGGGCGCAAUGACGCCGCCGAUGAUCUCAGCGCAUGCCAAGUCAACAACAGCAGCAGCAGCAGCAGCGGCCCAAGCAGCCUCAGCAGCAGCGGCGGCAGCGGCAGCAUCAACUGGCUCACAGUCGCCGCCCGAUGUGGUGCUCAAGUGCGGCAGCAUACUCAAUUCGCAUGGCUAUUUGGCGCACAGUCACAGCCGCAGCUCGAGCAGCAACAAUCACCACAGCAGCAACAACAACCCAAGGGAGGGCACGCUGGACUCGUCGCGCAGCGGGGGACGCACUUCGGGCGACUCACAGAAGCUGCCGGAGAAGAAGACGCGACGCUUGUCGCGGCCACGCAGCCUCUCCAAUCUGGUGUGGGAUCUGCGGCCAUCGAAGGAGAAGUCCAAGAAGAAACUCUAUAUACACCAUUUCGAUCAGCGUCAGCAGGCGACGCUUUAUCUGUAGACGAUGUAAAAGAGGAGGAGAAUGGGAAGGAGGAUCAGGGAGAGGAAGUGGAGGAAGAGGAUGCGAUGCUCGGGUUCGGAGUAGAGAUUCGUUGCCAAAU